AACAUCUUACUCAAAGUACGGGAUUAUAGAUAGUGUAAAUAUAUAAAUAGAUACACAAAUAACAUAUUGAACGUAAAAUAAAGAAAACGCAGUGGUACCAUCAUAGAAAACCGGAAUCACCCCCUCAUAGAAAGUAAAAAUAAAAGUAAUACUCAUCAGCGGAAGACAAAUAUAACACAGAACACGGAAAACGCGUUCAAUUUCGGUAGAUUUUGUGAGUGAAAAAAAGAUGAAAUUUCAAGACAUGCUUCUCCCCCCUCGAGAGGAGUGGGGAGGGCACGUGUUAGGGUAUCGGAGAGGCCAUGUCAUCAUUGUUCAAGAAAGCGGGAUGUCUCUGGCGGGGUCCAGGAAGGGGUCCCUCAACAGUCUCUAUCCGGAAGUGUCUGAGAUUCUGACAAGGCAGGAAAAUGGCCGCGGGGUGACCUCCUAUGACCUAAUAUCAAGGACACUACAUCAGCUGGCCCGCGAUGGCAACAGCGACCUGCUGGCGUCGGCCCUGGAGCGCCUGGGGGAGCAGGUCAGGCGCCGCAUCAACACCCUGGACGCGGACAAACUGGCGCCCUUGCACUAUGCCGCCCGCUACGCCCACACUGGCACGGUCAAGACGCUCAUCAACGCCGGCGCCCACGUCAACAUCAAGGGACAGGAUAAGCUCACGCCCUUGCAUUUCGCUGCCAGAUACCGGAAACAGAUCAAAUCCGCCAAGAGGAGGUCUCCGUUGCCUCCCGUUGUCACCGAAGAGGAAGAGGAAGAGGAAGAGAAGGAGGAAGGGGACGAGGAACUGGAGCCUGAGGACAAGGUCAACCUGACGCUAACUUCGGCGAACGGCUUUGGUGUGGGCGCCCUCCCCGAGGACUCCGUCGUUCGAAUCCUAGUAGAAUGCGGAGCCGAAGUCAACGCCAGGGACAUCUACGACCAGACGCCCCUCCACUUCGCCGCUAUGAGAGGGAACGACCCGUCUGCGAGGGACCUUCUGACGUGUCCGCAAGUCGACAUCGAGGCCAAGGACAAGCAGAUGAUGACUCCCCUGUUCGUCGCCUGUUCCUACGGGUACGUGGACAUCGCCCGCCGUCUAGUGGAUGCCGGGGCCGUUCUCUUGGCCAAGGACGAAACUCUGCAGACGCCCCUCCACCGCGCUGCCAUGGAGGGCCACUUGGAAAUCGUAGACCUCCUUUUAACGGCGGCAUCGACUCACAACGACGAGGGAUGGAUGUUGAAGACGAUGGUGGAGUUACGUGACGCCGAGGAACAGACGCCGCUACAUCUGGCGGUGCAGAAUGGCCACUUAAGGGUGGCCGAGCGGCUCCUCGAAGCUGGCGCUGAGGUCGACGCCGUCCGGGACAAUUUGGCGACGCCCCUUCAUGCCGCCGCUGCUGUGGGGGACAUCGAUCUCAUUCAGCUCCUGUUGAAUAAUAAUGCUCGACUGGACAGCGUCGACGGGAACCAGCAGACAGCCUUACAUCGUGCAGCAGCGAAUGAUCAGUCAGAUGCCAUUGUAGCUCUCCUGGAGGCUGGAGCGAAGCUGGAACGGAGAGAUAAGGACUCCUUCACUCCUCUCCUAGUAGCUGCUUGCUGUGGUCAUGCCAAGGCUAUCAGCACGUUGCUCGAACAUGGUGCUGAUGUGUCCGCCCUCGACAAAGAUGACAGGACGGUGAUAUUUUGGUGCGCUGAUCAAGGCUUUGAGGAAGCUCUUAGGGUUAUACUACCAGCAGCUGAAAGUGAAGACCUCAUAGAUGUUAGCGACAGGUUUGAUGAUUCUCCCCUCCACAAGGCAGCUAAAUCGGGCCAUGUUGCUAUAGUUAGGUUGCUCCUUGAUGCGGGUUCUCAGAUUGAUAAUAAGAAUGAGGAUGGAGAGACAGCACUUCAUGUGGCAGCUGAAAAUGGCCAAACCAAGGUAGUCCGAGAACUUGUACGACGACACAAACUCCUUAUUCCUGAUGAAAAUGAGGAGUCCAACACACCACUUCAUUUAGCAUGUCUCGAAGGUCAUGCUGACGUUGUGAAGGUCCUGUUAGAGCAUGGUGCAGAGGUUGAGGCAAGAAACACGUCACUCUGGACACCUCUUGAUUGUGCAUCUGCCAAGGGACAUGUUUACUGCGUCCACUUGUUGUUGGACUACGAUGCACCGCUGGAUCCCCUGGAUAAGACAAAAACAACACCUCUCCAGCUUGCAGCAAGAGAAGGGCAUGUAGCAGUGACAAAAUUAUUACUGGAACGAGGGGCUUCACUCUCUGCAUGUGAUUCCUAUGGGAGAAAUGCCUUAGAACAAGCUAUAGCUGCAGGAAGGAGGGAUGUCUGUAUGGCCAUUAUUAGGUCAUCAGAGUGGGAGACCGGAAUGAGGAAUGUGCGGUUGGACAAGAAGAACCGACGAAUAACGCCAAUGAGAAUGCUGAUUAGGAAAUUUCCUGAUGUUGCUGAAGCUGUACUAGAUAAGUGUACAGCAACCAAUGGUCUGGAAUCAGAUGACAAGGACUUCGAAGUCAAUUUCAACUUUGAACUCAUAGAUGACUCGUACACACUUCCAUACAACGACGUAACCUCCAUUGCCUCGUCGGUCUCCUUGGAAUCCCCGUUCGAUGAGGAUGGUGUGCUCCUCGAGGCAGCAGAACCAUACACCAGUGAGGCUCGCGAACUCAAAGAGAAUCACCCUCUGAUGUUGAUGGUGAAGUACAAACGUCUAAAUCUCCUGUCCCAUCCUGUGUCCAUUACGUUAGUCAAGCAUAAGUGGAUGAGCUAUGGAAGGGUUGUUUACUACUCUGCUCUCUUGUUCUACUUGGUAUUCCUCACUUUCCUCACUGGAUAUAUCCUGACUGCCAGGAACUGGACAUGGGUUGCUAGCCAGCUGAAUGCGAGUAAGGUUGACAGUGUUAUGCUUAGGGAAAUAAAGGAAAAAGAUAGUUGUUCGGAUAUUGAAAAUGACAUUGACAUGAACCGAAGUAUAUUCGUGGUGUCUGGAAAAUGGGUGAUCAUUAUAAUGGCAGUAAUAAACAUAAUGCGAGAAAUGUUCCAGUUUUACCAGGCUCGACUGAACUACUUAGGCUUGGAGAAUCUUCUGGAAUGGUGCUGUUAUGUUACUGCUGUGUUAGUUGUUUGGGACUUCAAUGACUGUGCAGUGAGACAGGACUGGCAGUGGCAGGUUGGAGCAGCCUCUCUCUUCCUUGGCUGGAUGAACUUGCUCCUCUUCAUCCGAAAGCUCCCCUUCCUUGGGAUCUUUGUCGUCAUGUUUACGGAUGUCUUCGCAACGUUCCUCAAGUUCUCCGUUGUCUUCUUCUUAUUCAUUGUUGCUUUUGCACUCAGUUUCUUCACUGUAUUAAAUGAUCAGAAAUCCUUUGCCACACCCGGAGACUCCCUUAUCAAGACCUCGGUAAUGAUGAUUGGAGAAUUUGAAUUUGACAGCAUAUUCCACGACAACGAACUUGAGUAUCCGGAGAUCACAUACAUCUUAUUUGUGUGCUUGCUCAUUCUGUUGUCAAUUAUCAUCAUGAAUCUGUUGGUUGGUCUUGCUGUUGAUGAUAUUAAGGCUGUACAAGAUCAAGCAAUUCUCAAAAGGCUUGCUAUGCAGACUCAGCUGGUACUUGAUGUGGAGGUCCUGAUCCCAGAAGCUCUAAGGCGGAUGUACAUUGUUGCGAAAAAAUCUGUCCACCCGAAUGCCCGACACGGAGUUUGUUCGCGGUUGUUCGGAGACUUCCAGAUCAUUAAUAGCUUUGAGUUCAUAGAAGGGGAACAGAUGAACGAACACGAGAUCAUGCGUCGGGACAUGACACAGAUGAUGAACGACAUGCGGGAACUCAAGUCGCAGAACCAGCGCCUCCACUCCAUCCUCGUGGCUCUGCUCCAUUUCCGCGAUCGUGAUGAAGAGGAAGAAGCGCCUGUGCAACCUGAUAUUGCAAAAUACUUGUGGUAGAGAAGUUGAUUAUGAAGUGUAGGUUGGAUGCUUGGAUAGAUUGCAUUCUUUUUCUGGAUUUUAUCAUGGUUUAGAUUGAUUUUAUAUUAAAUUUAUUUUAUUCUAAAUAUGUGUUGAAGUUUAUUUAUAUUGAAUUUAUUUUAUUCUAAAUAUGUGUUGAAGUUUAUUUAUAUUGAAUUUAUUUUAUUCUAAAUAUGUGAAGUUUAUUUUGU